AUGUCUCGCCAGUCCUGUGGUCUCAGCAAGGGAUUCAGCUCCAGCUCCGCUUGCUUUGGAGGGAGGAACAAGGUCACGUUCAGCUCUGUGUCCCGUGGAGGAUGUAGGGGACCUGGAAACGCUGGCGGCUUCAGCAGCAGGAGCCUCUAUUGCUUGGGAGGGAGUAAAAGCACCUCUCUGGGAGGAUUCGGUGGAGGUGGUGGUGUCUGCAGAGGUUUUGGGGCUGGUGGCCAAGGAGGCUUUGGCUACGGCUACGGUGCUGGGGCAGGAUUUGGUGGCGGCUAUGGUGGUGGGGCCGGAGGUGGCUUCGGUGGAGGCCUCGGUGGUGGUUUUGGUGGAGGCCUUGGUGGUGGUUUUGGUGGCUUUGGUGGAGGAUUUGAUGGCGGGAUGGGAGGGCAAGGCUUUCCCCCUUGCCCGCCGGGUGGCAUCAGGGAAGUGACCAUCAACCAGAGCCUGCUGGCCCCGCUCAACCUUGAAAUAGACCCUGAGAUCCAGAAGGUGCGAACACAUGAGCGGGAGGAGAUGAAGCAGCUGAACAACAAAUUUGCUUCCUUCAUUGACAAGGUCCGGUUCCUGGAGCAGCAGAACCGAGUCCUGGAGACCAAGUGGAAGCUCCUUCAGGAGCAGGGUGGCACAGGGACGGGUGGCAGGAACCUGGACCCCUAUUUUGAAACCUACAUCAGUGGGCUGAGGAAGCAGCUAGACCUCUUGUCCAGCGAGAAACAUCAGCUGGAGUCAGAGCUGAAGAGCUUCCAAGAUAUGGUGGAAGACUUCAAGACCAAGUAUGAAGAGGAAAUAAACAAAAGGACAGCUGCGGAGAACGAUUUUGUGCUCCUAAAAAAGGACGUGGAUGCAGUCUAUAUGACCAAGGUGGAACUUCAGGCAAAAUUAGAUUCUCUGGCAGAUGAGAUUAACUUCUUGAAGUAUCUUUACGAAGCGGAGCUGUCUCAGAUGCAGAAGACCGUUUCCGACACCUCCGUGGUUCUGUCCAUGGACAAUAACCGAAACCUGGACCUGGACAGCAUCAUCGCAGAGGUCAAAGCCCAAUACGAGGAGAUCGCCAACCGGAGCCGAGUGGAGGCUGAGUCUUGGUACCGAGGCAAGUAUGAAGAGCUGCAGGCUACCGCAGGCAAACACGGAGACAGUCUUAAGGACACAAAGACCGAGAUCUCUGAGCUCAACCGCAUGAUCCAGAGGAUACGGGCUGAGAUCGACAGUGUGAAGAAACAGUGUGAAACGCUGCAGAGCUCCAUUGCGGAUGCUGAGGAACGCGGGGAGAUGGCCCUCAAGGAUGCCAGGGCCAAACUGUCUGACCUGGAGUCAGCCCUGCAGAAAGCCAAGGCAGACAUGGCCCGGCAGCUCCGCGAGUACCAGGAGCUCAUGAACGUCAAGCUGGCCCUGGACGUUGAGAUUGCGACCUACAGGAAGCUCCUGGAAGGAGAGGAGUGCAGGAUGUCUGGAGAGUGUCAGAGCGCCGUCAGCAUCUCCGUGGUGGGAGGCGGCAGCAGCUCUGUGGGAGGUGGAUACGGCGGAGGACUGUGCCUUGGAGGAGGAGGAGGAGGAGGAAUCGGAUUCGGUGCUGGAAGUGGGAGAGGCGGCUGUAACACAGGCGGUGCUGGCUUCUGCUACAGCCUGGGGGGGAGCGGAUUUGGCUCCGGGGGAGGAUUCGGUGCCGGGGGGGGAUUUGGCUCCGGUGGGGCAGGAUUCUGCUCUAUGGGCGGAGGGUGUAACUCAGUGGUGGUGGGGUCUGGCACCAUCCUGAAGAAGACCACCAGCUCUACGUCUGUCAAGCGGAGUGUCUAGGAAAGCGAGCGAUCUCACCCCUCCCCGGCACCCAAAGGAGAAAGGAAACAAAUUUCACGAUGGCCACAACCACCCCUUCCUUGCCAAGGUGGCAACCAUCUAUUUCAUUUUAAAUCUCCGCCGUCCUUCAGAAACCGCACAGAAAAGUAAAAUACAGCUAUAUUCACCGGCUAACGACUGAGAUUCUCAACAGCGCGCGAGAACGGCUCGUUUCCCCUCGAGACGCUGCAAAGCUGCUGGUCAUCGGGCUGCUGGGACUCAUUUGGAAACAGGACCUGCCCAUCCCCUGGGAAGCCCCAAACGCGGCUGGGAUAAGGUUAUAAAGCAGCGUGGUCCAAGUGAGAGGGCAGAGGGGACCGGUCCCUGUGGUGCUCAGAGACCUCGCGUCUCGUGACGCCUGUGGAAAGGCUUGACUUCUUUCAAGAUCUUGUGCUGGAUCCAGACGUGGUGCAAUUUUUAAUGGGUGCUACUCAUCAGCCAGGGCUCAAACUCCAAAACAAGAAUUUCCUAAUGGUGACUAGUCCCAGCUGAAGACAUUUCUUACCCUGCUGCAGUUUGGUUUUG